GUAUUUAACACUUUGCUUUAAAUUGCUUCACCAUUGAAAUUAGCAACACGACACCGUGACUGUUUUCAUCUUCCUGUGAAUGCCGAGGCAGACAUGGCCGACGGUACUGCUACUGCCCACGGUCAAGAUGAAAAGAAAAUUGAGCUAACAGACGAAACCAUUGCAAAAUGUAACGUUCCAAGAGCCAGGAAGAUUUCCAGAGAACACAACAUCCCCAUUGGUGAUCUACGAGAGCUCGAAGAUAUGCGACAGCGAUUCCGUCAACACUUGAGACAGAGAACAAGACAGGCACACAAAGAGGUUCUCCAUGUCGUAUCGGAUCUUAAGGACAAAGAUGACAGCGCCCGCAAACGCCUUCAAGAGAUAAUGACAGAUGUGCAAAAGCUUCUCGAAACCUGCGAUGACAAGAUCCGUGUGCAACUUGACUUAGAACAACGUACGGCAGAUCAUAAAGCCAAAAUAGCCCACCAUAUGGAGACGUUACAGUCAACCCAUUGUCCGAUUCUAGUCGCAGGGGAGACAUCGUCUGGCAAGAGUAGUCUGAUCAACGUCUUGCUCGGAGAAUACCUUCUGCCAUCACACCACCUUAGUUGUUCUUCCGUCAUCUGCAAAGUCCAGUAUGGAGAGGAUCAGAGAGCCGUCGUCCACUAUAAGGACAAGCCCCCAGCAACCAUACCACUUCCCGCCGGGAAGGACGACCUCGCUGGGCAUCUGUUUAAGAAAUCGGACCGGGAGAAGGAAUCCGGGUGCAGGGAAGUUGACAUAUACCUUCCACUGGACUAUAUGAAGAGUGGGAUCUUCAUCGUAGACAGCCCGGGUAUCGGCGAGUCGGACAUCAUGUCAGCGGCAGUGAUGGAGUAUCUGCAGCAGGCGUUCGCCUUCAUCUACGUCAUCAAGAGUGACAAUGCAGGAGGAGUUCAGGAUGAUAGGCUGAAGAAACUUCUGAAGGAGGUCCGUAAUUCCCGGAAGCAGGACAAGCUACAGCCCCUCAACCCAGCCAGCGCCAUCUUUGUUUGUAACAGGUGGGACAUCGUCGAGAAACAUGGGCCAGCGGAAGCAGAUAAAGUCAAGCAGGAUAUCAUCAGGAAGCUACGUGCCUGUUGGCCUGGUUUCCGACCUCACCAGGUGUUCUUCAUGAACACUGAACGUGCAGCGAGAGACCUCCGGGCGGGGUACGUGGCCGACGACUUGGCGAAGCUCAUCGAGGGGAUUGAAGAGCUCAUCCCGCGUGCCCUUCAAGCGAAGACACACGUCUCAUGGAGUUGGGCAAUGUAUUUGGUUGGGCGUGUAGCCCACUACAUCAACUCAUUUCUAUUGAAGUCCGCUAUGACCAGCAGUCAACUCCGUCAACGAUACAAAAAAGCAAAAGAUGAUCUCGAUAGUCUUAAGGCGUAUGCAGAUACGAUGCUGACAAACCAGAAGCAGAUGCUGGAGGAUGUGAAAUGUGAACUCCUAGCGGCGAUGACCACAUUUCUGCAAGAAGAAACGACCGAGUCAGCCAUGCAGUCUUGGACGGAGUCGGAGGUCCCAGAAGUAGAGAAGGGCAUGGAGUGGGAAGUGCUGCAGUACCAGAUUGAGUCCCGCAUCAGUACACGCCUCGUGGAGCUCAUUGACGAGUGGGAGAUUAAAAUGAAACACUUUCAAACAAAGGGAGAGGAGCUGCAGAAGACCAUCGUCGCAGGUAUGUCUACAGUUGAAGUACGUCUUUUCAAGAUCGAAGACGAACUUAGCAACCAAGACCGACAUCGCAACAUUACCGUUUUCCAGACACAGAGACCGCAGAAGAAGAAAUCGGUGAGGAACUUGGUUGAUUUCUCCACCGAACAUCUCAGUCGUUCGGACAAGAUACUGCUGGGCGUUACAGCUCCCUUAUUGGCAACGUUUGGAGUCAUCGGAGCGGUGGCCGCAAGCCCAGCGUUGGCGGUGAUGGGGAUCCAAGCACUGAAGAAAAAGUACACCGAUCAACAAGAAAGGCACAAAUAUAAGGCUGACAAGUGCAAGUAUAUGGCCGAAAGGGCAAUGGAGAGGCUGGAACACUUCCGCAAAAAUGGUGAUUCCAUUCGUAAGUACGUACAAGAAAGGCUCAAGUCGGUGGAAGACCAUCUACAUGCAUUCGGACACAACUUGCCAAUGAGGAUGAAAGCACAGCUACAACUGAUGGAAAGGAUCGAGAAGGAUCAACGCACGGCGAAGGAGCUGGCGUCCGACUACCAGCCGCUUCUAGAGAAGUUCAGCGGCAUGAAGGCCAAGCUGGCGCUGUUUGAGCUGGAGGAGCUCAAUCUGCUGGAUCCCUGCCGUGUGAGAUGUGAUGAGGUAGACGAGACCGUCAAGUUCUAUCGUCUCAACAUGUCAUUGAAGAAGGGUAAAGUGACGACAAUGGACGGAAGCAAAAUGGAUGCAACUAUCAAGUCAUACAGCAGGAAGAUAGACGGGACAAUCGUUGGCGACUUUACCACCGCCAGGAAGUUGAUGCACGACAACAUCCUCCGUUUCGUCGGAAUCUGCGUCAUCGACCAAAUACCACAACUAGUCCUGAAAGCAGCAGAUGGCUGUCUUCGGGAGUAUCUUCAGAAGGGCCCCAGGGUUAGCGCCAUGUUCGGACUGAACACCCUACCAGCCAUGAGGGGCGUCUGUGCCGGGCUCCAGUAUCUGCACAGCAAACAACUCGUCAGCUUCUUCCUGUCGUAGGAUACUGUCCUGGUUAUUGAACGUGAUGGUGGUGACAGCCGGUUUAAGCUGGCACAUG